AUGGGACAUGACUACGGAUACGUAGGUUUAAGCGAGAAUAGCCUGGAGUUUCUGUUCCAGAGGUGUACUCGGCUGGAAGAUCUCCAUUUGGAGUGUUCGGAGCGUGCUGCCAUUCCGCCGUCGAUCGACCGACUCACAUUGCUCAGGAACUUAACCCUCAGGUCCAGCGUCACGCGACUUCCCGACACGUUCACCUCGUUGCAGUCUCUUAGAAGCCUCGUGCUGCACACCUACAGACUGGAGGCUUUGCCUCCAGACUUCGGCAAACUGGUGUUCUUAACGUCGCUCAAGGUGCACAGCUCCUCUCUGGCGUCGCUUCCAGAAUCUAUCGGUCAACUUGCCAGCCUGAACCUGCUAUCCUUGAGUGAUUGCACGACGUUGCAGCUGCCGGCCUCUCUUGCCAAUCUUUCUUCUCUCGCCGUGCUGGAAAUUCGACACUGCAAGUUCCUUGUCCCGCCACCCAUCGACUUUCCUCAACUGUGGAGGCUUGAAACCCUCGUUCUGGAAGAAGUGACGGGGAUGCGCGAGCUAAUCGAGGCUCUUGAGCAUCUGUGGCGGCUCAAGACUCUAGUGAUCAAGUGCUGCAGCGAUAUCACGUCUCCGCCGGAGUCUCUUUUCAGCUUGCCUUCACUCACCAGCCUCACUCUCCACAUGCCACGGCUGGCAGUUCUGCCUGACGAUAUCGGGAGGCUGUCAAAGCUACAGACGCUCGUGCUGGAGUUGGGGGAGCUCACAACUCUUCCUGAUUCCAUCUGCCUGGUUACCACGCUCCAGGAGCUUUCAUUGGAUAGUCUUCAGAAGCUGCCGUCUCUGCCCGUGGACUUCGGGCAGCUGAUCGCUCUUGAAAAGCUGCGCCUCUACUGCCUUGGGCAGCUCACAGAGUUGCCUGAAUCCUUCGGGCAGUUGACAGCUCUUCGGGAGCUGAAAAUUCUGGGGUGUAGGCAGCUGCAGCAACUCCCGGACUCCCUAUCCCAGCUAUCUUCUCUCGAGCAUCUGGAGAUCAAGUGUUGUCCGCGUCUCACGGUGCUGCCAGAUGAAAUGGGGAACGGUGUGCAGCGUUUGCGCUAUCUGCAUCUGGAAGGCUGCUCAUCCCUCACCCACCUCCCUCCAUCCCUCUCCGCGCUGACGUCUCUUGAAACCCUAAAGAUCACGGCAGCCAAUCGCAUCAAAGGCAACUUACUAGACGGUUUCGGCUGCUUGAAAAGCCUCAAGGAGCUGGUGAUUGAAGACAUGCCUCGCCUAUCCGCCCUUCCUACCUCCUUCUCGGGCGUUUUUUCGCUCACCAGCCUGGAAUUGAUCAAUUGCCCUAAAGUAACGGUCCUGCCACAGGGGAUCGGACGGCUGGAUUCGCUCGAGGUGGUCAAGAUUGCACGAAUGGACGGCCUGAAACAUCUCCCUGCGGAGCUUGCCAGGCUGCCCCGGCUGCGGGAAUUGGAGGUGCGGGUAUGUGAUGGGAUUGGCGCGUUGCUAGGGGAUGAGGUGCACGUCCGCAGCUUGCCAGAUUCAUUCACCAAGUUGCCUAAGCUAAAGAUGCUGCUGCUGAUUGCGUGCAAGAAGCUGGCCAAGCUGCCAAGUUCUCUCAGGAGAAUGCCUACGUUGGAAGACUUCGAUGUGACUGAGUGCCCUUUGCUCUCACAGCAAGACACGAUGGGCAUUCCUGCAGGAAUUGGCGAGGACGAGGAGGACGAAGGAGAGGAGGAAGGAGGGGAGGAGGCGGAGGGUGAGGAGGGAGGAGAUGCGAUGGUUGAAGGGCAAGUGGCGGACAGGGAGGGAGCAGAGGAGGCAGAGAGUAGUGGUGAGGAUUGGAGUAUUUGUCAUGAGUAUGGCGUGGACAGUGACAUUGACAACGACGAUGUGGGGCGCUGGGGGCCAAGUGACGAGGAGGACGACUAG